AUGCAGCCAGACCGAGUGGACCAGCAGAGCUCAGAGCUUCCCAGUGGUCAGUCUGCCCAGCAGCAUCAAACACAGCUGGACUCCAUAUUUAUGCUGCUGGAGGACAACAUCAUCACUUUUGUGAAGAACGAGCUGAAGAAGAUCCAGAAGGUUCUGAGUCCAGAUUACCCAGAAUGCUUAGAGAGUCAGAGAGACGAUGAGGAGUUAAUGCAGGGUGAAGAUGAGGAACAGAGGUGGGACAGCACAGAGUCAUUUGUCAAGAUCACAGUGAACUUCCUGAGAAGAAUGAAGCUGGUGGAGCUGGCUGAGUUUCUGCAGAGCAGAACUCUUAUUGGACUUUUUCAACUUCAUCUCAAGUCUGUCUUGAAGAAGAAGUUCCAGUGUGUGUUUGAGGGGAUCGCUAAAGCAGGAAACCCAACCCUUCUGAACCAGAUCUACACAGAGCUCUACAUCACAGAGGGAGGGACUGCAGAGGUCAAUGAUGAACAUGAGGUCAGACAGAUUGAAACAGCAUCCAGGAAACCAGACAGACCAGAAACAACAAUCAGACAAGAAGACAUCUUUAAAGCCUCACCUGGAAGAGAUGAACCAAUCAGAACAGUGCUGACAAAGGGAGUGGCUGGCAUUGGGAAAACAGUCUUAACACAAAAAUACACCCUGGACUGGGCUGAAGACAAAGCCAACCAGGACAUCCAGUUCAUAUUUCCAUUCACUUUUAGAGAGCUGAAUGUGCUGAAAGAGGAAAAGUUCAGCUUGGUGGAACUUGUUCAUCACUUCUUUACUGAAACCAAAGAAGCAGGAAUCUGCAGCUUUGAAGACUUCCAGGUUGUGUUCAUCUUUGAUGGUCUGGAUGAGUGUCGACUUCCUCUGGACUUCCACAAAACUACAAUCCUAACUGACCCUAGAAAGUCCACCUCAGUGGAUGUGCUGCUGAUAAACCUCAUCAGAGGGAAACUGCUUCCCUCUGCUCGCCUCUGGAUAACCACACGACCUGCAGCAGCCAAUCAGAUCCCUCCUCAGUGUGUCGGCAUGGUGACAGAAGUCAGAGGGUUCACUGACCCACAGAAGAAGGAGUACUUCAGAAAGAGAUUCAGAGAUAAGGAGCAGGCCAGCAGGAUCAUCUCCCACAUCAAGACAUCACGAAGCCUCCACAUCAUGUGCCACAUCCCAGUCUUCUGCUGGAUCACUGCUACAGUUCUGGAGGAUGUGCUGGAAACCAGAGAGGGAGGACAGCUGCCCAAGACCCUGACUGAGAUGUACAUCCACUUCCUGGUGGUUCAGGCCAAAGUGAAGAAGGUCAAGUAUGAUGGAGGAGCUGAGACAGAUCCACACUGGAGUCCAGAGAGCAGGAAGAUGAUGGAGUCUCUGGGAAAACUGGCUUUUGAUCAGCUGCAGAAAGGAAACCUGAUCUUCUAUGAAUCAGACCUGACAGAGUGUGGCAUUGAUAUCAGAGCAGCCUCAGUGUACUCAGGAGUGUUCACACAGAUCUUUAAAGAGGAGAGAGGACUGUACCAGGACAAGGUGUUCUGCUUCAUCCAUCUGAGUGUUCAGGAGUUUCUGGCUGCUCUUCAUGUUCAUAUGGCGUUCAUCCACUCUGGAGUCAAUCUGCUCGAGCAACAACAAACAAACUCACAGAAGUCUGAAAUAAGAGAAUAUUCAGAGAGACAAUUCUACCAGAGUGUUGUGGACAAGACCUUACAAAGUAAAAAUGGACACCUGGACUUGUUCCUCCGCUUCCUCCUGGGUCUUUCACUGCACACCAAUCAGACUCUGCUACGAGGUCUGCUGACACAGACAGGAAGUAGCUCACAGACCAAUCAGGAGACUGUCCAGUAUGUGAAGGAGAAACUCAGUGAGAGUCUGUCUGUAGAGAGAAGCAUCAAUCUGUUCCACUGUCUGAAUGAACUGAAUGAUCGUUCUCUAGUGGAGGAGAUACAACAGUCCCUGAGAUCAGGACGUCUCUCCACAGAUAAACUGUCUCCUUCCCAGUGGUCAGCUCUGGUCUUCAUUUUACUGUCAUCAGAAAAAGAUCUGGAUGUGUUUGACCUGCAGAAAUACUCUGCUUCAGAGGAGGCUCUUCUGAGGCUGCUGCCAGUGGUCAAAGCCUCCAGCAAAGCUGUACUAAGUGGCUGUUUUCUCUCAGAGAAAAGCUAUGAUGCCCUGUCCUCAGUUCUUAGCUCCCAGUCCUCAAAUCUGAGAGAACUUGAUCUGAGUAACAACAGCCUACCAGAUUCAGGUUUGAAGCUUCUGUGUGCUGCACUGCAAAGUCCACAUUGCACACUGGAAAAUCUGAGGCUGAGCAUCUGUAACCUCUCAGAGAGAAGUUGUGAACUUCUGUCCUCAGUUCUCAGCUCCCAGACCUCUAGUCUGACAAAGCUGGACCUCAGUGAUAACAACCUGGAGGAUUCUGGAGUAAAGCUUCUGUCUGCUGGUCUGAAAAGUUCAUAUUGUAAACUUGAAAGUCUCAGGAUGAAGCCUGCUGGAGUCCGAUGGUUAAGAGGAGGACGAAGGAAGUAUUCCUGUCAACUCACAAUCGACACAAACACAGUGAACACAAACCUCCAACUGUCUGACAACAACAGGAUGGUGACAUUUGCGGGGGAGGUUCAGUCAUAUCCUGAUCAUCCAGACAGAUUUGAUGGUUGGUUUCAGUUGCUGUGUAGAAAUGGUCUGACUGGUCGCUGUUACUGGGAAGUCGAGUGGAGAGGAAACAUUGAUAUAUCAGUGAGUUACAGAAAAAUUGGAAGGAAAGGAAUCAGUGAUGACUGUAGGUUUGGAAGGAAUGAUCAGUCAUGGAGUUUGAACUGCUCUGAUGAUGGUCCUCAUUCUGUCCAGCACAAUAACAGAGUAACGUUCAUCUCCUCGUCCUCUGUCUCUAACAGAGUAGCAGUGUAUGUGGACUGUCCUGCUGGCACUCUGUCCUUCUACAGAGUCUCCUCUGACACUCUGAUCCACCGCCACACCUUCAACACCACAUUCACUGAGACUCUUUAUCCUGGGUUUUGGUUCUAUCCUGGUUCCUCUGUGUGUCUGUGCUGA